CUUUAUUAAUGGACCAUCUCCAUUUCUAUUUUUUCAUCCAUUCCUACUUCGUUUCUUUAUUCGAUAUUACAUCAUCCAACAGUCGCCAUGGCUAGUGGACAGGAUAAAAUCGUGGGUGCGUCCCUCUUGACUUUCAGUACCGUUGUCUUUGUCUAUUAUACCCUUUGGGCGAUUGUCAUGCCUUUUGUCGAUGAGACCUACUUCCUUCAUGAUUAUUUCCCUCCACGCGAAUAUGCAAUCCGUAUUCCCUGUGUGCUCUUAGUCUUUGGAUUGACAGUUGUCUUGACUUUCCUCUCCAUGGUUAUGAUCAAGAGCAAGAAGAAGGUUGAGAAAAAGGCAGCCUAAAGAAAAAAAAAAAAAAUCAGAAUAAAG